AUGGAUUCCUUCAACCGAAAAGCAACUUUCGACCGAGUUUUCCAGGUUAACGAGUCUUUAUCGAUUCAAAUACUUUUAUUUCUCCUUACAAGUUCGGCGGAGGCAACCGAUUUAAACUACGAAUCACCGGAGCAAAAAAGAUACCAACGAAGGACGCUCAUCGCCCUCCUAGGUUACCUUGUGCUAACAAUCGUAAUCUUCGUGUGCAUUUGUCUGAAAAUCAAACUAUGUGGGGAAAGAGAAAUGCAUACAUCGGAGCUAGACGAGCCCAACAUGACAAAUGUUGUAAGAAAGCUCGAUAUAAGCUUAAUCGACUCGUUUCCUUUGGUAACAUUUCCUCCUCUGGACAACAUAUUUUGCUUCACCGAAUGUCAUAUAUGUUUGGAAGAAUUCGAACAAGGAGAAAUUAUACUUAAGCUUCCCGCUUGCGGCCAUGGUUAUCACAAGGAUUGCAUCACCCGGUGGAUGAGCGCUCGCGACUCGCGAUGUCCUAAUUGUCGACAUGAAUAUGGCCAUGUCUAA